CUUCGUGCCUUCCUCCCUUUCAGAAAUGGUCACUUGAAAACCCAACCCCCCCUAGUUGUAGUGACAAUCAGCAGUUUCGAAAGCCCGGCGACAAAAGUACUUGACUUGAUACGCAGCAUAUAUAGUAUCGACUGAUUAUGUGUUCAUACCAUUUUGGCCUUGUAGGUUAAGUUUUUUGGAAAAGAAAAAAAAUCUGUGUCUUGUGAAGGAGAAGUUUCAAGACUUAUUUAUUCACUUUUAUACGUCAAAUUUUAGUGUAAUUUUGUUGUGCUAGUGUGUGUACUAAUUAUCGUAUAGUUGGAUUCCUACGGGACCGGAGUUACCUGAUCGCCUGACGAUACAAUUCUUCUAUAAAAGUGUUAUCUUUGGGAGUGACCGGUCGAGAUGCUGCCUAGAUGCAUGUAGAACGACCAUCGUGGAGGGACCCUAAUGCGAGAAACCUCCGCAACUCAGGGGGGCAAAGACGAAAUGAGUGAGCGCUGAGACUAUGCGCAUUGCCAUCCACAUCAUCUUCAUUGCGGUGGUGUCGCUGGCUGCCUGUGCUGUAGGCUGGCAACGUGGGACCCGCUUUUCUAACAGCAACGAGAGUGCAUAUGAUUGGUCUUCUAAUGAAGGUGAAGAAACAACAGUGUCAGGCGAAAGCACGAAUAAUUGGCUGUCUGUGAAGGAGUCCCAGAAGUUGCUCAAAAAAGAAAGAGGCUUACCUGUUGACUGUUGCCCGUACGACGUUGAAAUGAUUGAACCAAAGGGCGGAACAAACCAAGAGGGAAUGUAUGUAGAAUUGUACAUGGAAGGCGAGAACAAACAAAGGUUCUUCGAGCAGUCAUGCCGGCUAGGCGUAGAGGGAAAACCUUGCCGAUUCAUAGAUAGAAAGUUGUAUAAUCAGUCAAGGUGUGUUCAACGAUACUCCUAUACAUACGCUAUUAUUAAAUUACCUGAUGAGACUAUACGGCAUCACCACCGUGUCAGUCACUUUACUUCAUUCCCUUCGGCGAACAGCAAGUGGAUGCUUGAUUACAUCAAGGUGCGGAACGGGUGUAGCUGUGAAGUGCUCGCCAAAAUGAAAAAGAAAAAGAAAAAGGGCGGAAAAGGAAAAAGGGAGAGUGAAGAACCCCACUAAAGACAAAAUUUACAAAGUAUUACUACAUUAGUACAACGUGAAUAAUUGUGAAAUACAGAAAACAAAAGGUGUUAUUGAAAUUCAACUAACAUAAGAACUUUUAAUAUUUUUCUCUUCUUUUCCCCCUGCUUAGGACUUUUUUUAAGAUAAUAUUUAUCAAAUUAUUCAAUAGGUCUUAUUUAUACACAUUCAGAAUUAAAAAUUACUUUAUCACCAAAUAUGUCACCAAUGAUUUACAGAAUAUAAAUAAUGAAAUGUACAGAGGCCCAAAAAUGGGAACAAUACGUUGCAAUGGUGACAUCUACAAUGUUCACAUCAAUAUAUAUAAAAAAAAUUUCAUUGAAUUUA